UAAAUUAACCCGGGGGGUCUGUUCCCGCCGCGGCGCGAGCGCCUCUCCUCGCGAGAGGUCGCCCCCGGCAACGCCGCGGCCAUGGCGGAGGCGGCCGGCUCUGAGGCGGCGUUCUGCCUGCAGAAGGUUACCAUAACAGAUGACUCUAAAGAUGAUUAUCAAUGUGAAGAGGUUUCUGCAGAUGAUGAAUUUAGUCUUCAGGAGGAGGAUGAGGAUCUGUCCAAGGCUUUACAGGCUAUUCAAGAGCAGGCUGAAGAUGCUGAAAUUUCAACUUCACAAUCAGUUCUGACUUCGGAGAAAUCAGUGUGUGAAGUACCUGAAGCAAUGGAUGAUUUCUUCUGCAAUUUCCUGGUCAGAUUGGGAAUGUCCAGAACCCUUGACUGCUUCCAAACUGAAUGGUAUGAACUCAUAGAGAGGGGUGUGCUCACAGUCAAAGAUGCUGGGUUGGUUCCAACUGUGUACACCCACAACCAGCAACUGCAGGCUGAGAAUAUGAGUUUGAAGAAAGAUUUGGAAAACUACAAACUUGCUGCCAAUAAAACAAAAGAGGCUCUCCUAAAAAUGCAGAAAGAACGAGACUUCCAUCGAAUGCACCACAGGCGAGUGGUCCAGGAGAAAAACAGGCUGAUUUGUGAUAUGAAAAGGCUGAAGGCACAUUAUGCAUCCUAUGAACCAGUGCUCAAGCAGCUGUCUGAAAAAUAUGAGACUAUGCUGAAGCAGAAGAUGUUAACUAGUUUGGAGAGAGACAAAGCAGUGGGGCAGGUUACAGGUUUGCAGGCUGUGUUAGAAAAUUUAGACUCCGGAGGUGUUAAGCAGAUUUCUGAGGCAAAAGUCCAUGAUUGUACAAGGAAGAAAGACUUUGAAGGUCCCACCCAGAAAGCUCUUCGGGAAGCCAGGCAGCAGAAAAUCAUUAUUGCUGCAAGUUGUUCAUCUGAUCCAGUCAAAGAUGCAGAGAAGAAGAUGGACAAGAGCCAUCUGAAGGAUUCAGAGUUCCCUGUUGAUACUGAAGAGAACACAUACCUUGAGCGUGCUAAAGAACAUACUCAACCCCUGAAAUCUGGAGAGUAUCAACUGAGCAACAUUCUAAAAGUGCACGACUUGGCAGUGAGCUGCUUGGCUUUACAUCCCCGAAAAGACAUCGUGGUGACUGGCAGCGAUGACCACCUCUGGAAAAUGUGGGCUCUGCCUGGCGGGAACCUCCUCAUGACAGGCGACGGUCACACUGACUGGCUCUCGGGCUGCUGCUUCCGUCCAAGUGGCACCCAGCUGGUGACGUCGAGCGGGGACACCACGGUGCGGAUCUGGGACCUCUCGAGGCGCGGGUGCAUCCUGACCCUGAGGGGACACGCCCGCGCUGUCCACGGCUGCUCCUGGCAUUCCCGGGGGGACUUCGUGGCCUCUGCCUCCAUGGACAGCACGAGCAAAAUCUGGGAUGUUAACAGUGAGAGAUGCAGAUACACGUUGCGUGGCCAUAAAGAUUCUGUGAACAGCAUUGAGUUCCUUCCCUUCUCCAGCACCGUUCUCACGAGCUCUGCUGACAAGACUUUGUCCCUCUGGGACUCCCGAACGGGUCUCCGGGUUUACACAUUCCAUGGUCACCUGCAUCCCUGCAAUCAUGCUACAUUCAACAUGAAGGGGGAUACAGUGGCUUCCUGUGACUCCUCCGGUGUGCUGAAGCUCUGGGACAUGCGGAAGUUGGUCCCUAUUUUAUCCAUCGACGCGGGCCCACAUCCUGCCAACCAGGUCGCCUUCGAUCAGUCUGGCUGAGCUCCUGGAAAUGCCAAGCUGUGUAAUUCCUGCAGGGUAACAGCACCCCCUGCGCUGCCUUGGGAAAUGCCUUAAUCCAGGAUCCCCAGGGACACCUCGCAGAGUCUGAACACACCUGCCCUGCACAGCAGCCUCUCUAGAGCUCAUGGCUCCCCCCAGUAGCACAGAGUUUCCCUCCUUGUGGGGAAGCAGUGCUGCUGUGCCUUAGGCAGUCAGGGUGGGUUUGGGUUGGGCACACAGUCAAUUGUGUCUCACCAUUAGCACAUAGAAAAAACUUCUGUGAAGUGUUUUGGGUGUUAAAGCUUGGGGGUGAUUGACAAUACUGUUUUGAACAUUUUGUUUCACUCUUCAGUCCUGUGUUAGACUGAAUCAAGUGGUUUUUUCAGGAAGAACAUCAUGAAAUCAUUAUAAGGUCCUCCUAAGUAAUUAACUGUUCAGAGUUGCAUUAGUUAAACCAAUGAAAAACUGAUUCCCAUUUUUUGCCUUCACAUAUGUGAUUAUGAUUUUUUUCACAGUGUGCUUUACAU